AUGAUAGGAACAAACACCAAACCUGGCCUUGAUCGUUCCCAAUUCACAGCCAUUAUCAAACAUAGAAUUGAACAGAACCACCAACUUAUAUCCAACAUUAUUGGUUUGUGUGAUUGUGACGACAAGUACAAUUCAUUCACUUCCAUCCUGAAAAUGCCAGAUUUUAAUGUGGAUUGUAAUUUGGAAGAGUUUGAAGAGCAAGCUAGAAAGCAACGUGUUAAAAUGUUCUUGGCAGGGUUGUUGGAAGAUAGGGAUAUUGCUUGGAUAGCACUUGGUAGUAAUUUUAAGUUUAGGCAUAUUUCGGAUAGAUUUAAGGAAGAUUAUCAAGUUGUUUUACAAGCUGUAAAAUAUGAUACUAAAGCUUUUGAAUUGGUUUCUGAUAGAUUUAAAGAUGAUGAGAGAAUAGUUUUCGAAGCUGUUAGAAACUGUGGCAGCAAUCUCAAAUUUGCAUCUGAAAGAUUGAAAGACAAUAACCAGAUUAUUCUAAAAGCCAUCAAGAAGAAUACAUCAGCAAUUAUGUAUGCCUCAAAGAGAUUCAAAGAUUACUUUGGCGAAUUACUUUCUGAUAGUGAGCUACUCCAAUUAGAAAGAUUUGAAAAAGAUUCGUCUGAUUUAUUCUUCAACGAAGGGUUUGACAAUGAACUGCUCAUGUUAGAAUUUGUCAAGUUAAAUACAAGGUCUCUCAGAAAGGCAUCCGAUCGAUUGAGGGAUAAUCAAACAAUUGUGUUGGAAGCUAUCAGGAGAAAUGCCAUGUCGUUGUGUUAUGCAUCUGACAGAUUGAGAGAUACUGAGAUGGUUGUGAUGGAAGCAGUUACACAAGAACCUCAAAUGAUGAAGUAUGCUUCCAAUAGAUUGAAAGAUAAUAAGCAGUUUGUGUUGAAGAUCAUGAAAUCAUUGGGAUACUCGUAUGAUCUUUCUUUGGUUCAGUAUUUAUCGAAACUAUUGCAAGAUGAUGAGCAAAUUAUUAUAGAAGAAAUCAAGAGAGACCAAUCACCACUCUUUUUUGCAUCUGAAAGGUUGCAAGACAAUGAAGAAAUUGUAAUGAAAGCAGUCAACCAAAAUGGAAUGUCACUUUAUUGUGCUUCCGAGAGAUUGAAGGAUAAUGAAAAGAUUGUUUUGGAAGCGGUUCGAAAUACUAGUGAAGCCCUUACUUAUGCAUCCAAUAGAUUGAAAGAUAGUGAACUAGUUCUGAUGGCAGCCAUUUGUCAUGGUCGUUUGUGCAAGGCUCUUUCGUAUGCUUCUGAAAGAUUGCAAGAUAACGAAUUGAUUGUUUUGGAAUCUGUCAAGAAGAAUGGGUCUAUGCUUGGAUAUGCAUCUGAUCGAUUGAAAUAUCAUGAACAAAUUGUUUUGGAAGCAAUUAAACAGGAACGAUCAUCAAUAGAAAAUAUCACUUCUGCAAGAUUGAAAGAUACUGAAACGAUUAUAUUGGAAUUGGUUAAGGAUUCUACCAUGAAACAUGUACAUAAUCUGGAAAUUGAUGAAUAUGAGUUUCAUUCCUCAGGCAGUGAAGUACGUUCUGAUUUAUUUAAUGAAUAUUGUUCUGAAAGAUUGAAAAACGAUUCACAAUUCAUGUUAAAAGUAUUGGCAAGCAAGUGGAGAGGUGGAAUCGCACAUGGACUUUCAGAUAACAAGCAAUUUAUGCUUGAGGCAAUUAAGCUCAAUUGUUGGGCAAUUGAUUCAGCUUCCGAACAAUUAAGAGACGAUGAAGAGGUUGUAAAGGCAGCUAUUUCUCAAAAUGGUAAAACUCUUCAAUAUGUUUCUGAUAGAUUGAAGAAUGACAUAACUAUAGUCUCAAGUGCAGUGAAAUCCUCAGUUGCCUCCUUAAAGUACAUUGGUGAAAAGUUCAGAAAUGUUGAAUUUAUUUGUUAUUGCUUGGAGAAUCAAUUGAUUUCUUCCAAACCUUCAAAUGUUGUUAAGGAAAUACCAUUCUUUGGAAAUUUACAUUUCUAA